CGAGCGUACGUGCACAUAUACGUAGAGGGAGGAUGCAUACACGUAUUGAGAGGGUGCGAGACUCCAGGACUCUCCGGCCGCAGGACUCCAAUGGACGAAAGGACUAGCAGGCCAGUACGCAUCGAGCUCACCCCCUGCACAGGGCUGCACCGCACCGACGAUCAACAACAAUAAUACAUAUAUACAACUGUUUGUACGAAGAGACGCGAGAACGGAACGCUGCAACAUCAUCAUCAUCAUCAACCUUCAGAUAUGUCGAAGCAACGGUUGCCAACCAACGAUUGGUGAACAAUUGUUGUUGUUGUUGUUAACAAAAAAGAAAGCAUAAACUUUGUUUCUGUUUUACGUUCGGUUCGACGGAUUGAAGUGAUGGACUGACAAGUGCGGGAAAGUUUUUUUUUGUUGAAACAAUUUUCUUUUGAUUUUCCGCCGACGCCUUGAUUCAACAUACUCUCCGAAUACAAUACAAAUAGAGCGACUUCAAAGUACUGCCCUGCCAUCAUCAUCAUCAUCAUCACUCUCUCGACUUGAACGGUGGUUGUUAAAGACUUUACGAUUGAGCGGUACUCGUUUGAUAUUGGGACGAUGUACUCGCCGGACAAGAUGAUGGGCGCGAAGGGGCCCACGGGCCUCCACGGGCCCAUCACCUCCACCGGGGCCUGCUUCCCGGGCCGAUACUCGCCGACCUACAGGAGCCCGGAACCGAUGGCCAGACGAUGCAUGCCGAAUCCGUCGGUGUGGGAGUCUGACUUCGAAUCCGAUCAGUUUGAAUCCAAGUAUUGGAAGCCGAGCCUCCGAAAGGCUCACGUAUUCGAAAGCCCUUGCGAUAGAAAGAGGAUGUUAGAAGAUGCAUCAAUUAUGUGCAAUUCAUGGUCGCCAAGACACAACGUAAGUGAAUUUGCAUGA